UAAAACAAAAGUUUUGCCGUUUGAUUCGAUAACGCUUUCGUAUAAAUUAACGUGAAUUGUAAUUGAUGAGCAUACUUUGUAUUUUGCAAGUAAACACAAAAAUGAAAUUCCUACUGUCUUUCGCUGCCGUCAUCGCCGUGGCCGUCGCCGUGCCUGCGCACCGCGGCCUAGUGCCCGUUGGACCCGCUGGCCCCGUGCCUGCCCCCGAGCUUGUCCCCGUCGGACCCGCCGGCCCAGUCCCUGCUCCCGAGGCCCCUGAAGUCUUCGAGCCCAUUGCUAUCGGACCCGCUAUCAUUGACUCCUUCCAGCCCAUCGCCAUCGGACCUGCCGUGAUCGACUCUUUCGAGCCCAUCGCCAUUGGACCCGCCAUCAUCGACGCUGACUCCCACCCCAUCUCUGUUGGACCUGCCAUCAUCGACUUCCCCCUCCCCGACGCUGGUGUUGUCGCUGAAGAGCCCGUUGUCCCCGGCCCCGCUAUUGUUGCUCCCGCUCCCGUUGCUGAGGUCGCCAGCGGUACUCCUCUGGUCCAGAUCAUCCUGAACAUCAACCAGGCCUCCGCUGAGGCUAGCCCCAUCGCCGUUGGCCCCGCUGUCGCCCCCGAAGCUAUCGUGCCUGAGCCCGUCCACGUUGUGGAUGUCGCCCCUGAACCCGUCCACGUUGUGGAGGUCGCCCCUGAGCCCGUCCAGGUCGUUGAAGCCGCCCCUGUACCCGUUGAGCCCGUCGUCAUCGGAGUCCCCAUCCUCCCCGAAGCCGUCGUCGCCCUCCCCGAAGCUCUCAACUAAAUUAUAAUGCCUACUAAAUAAUAUUAAGAUAUCCAAGACAUCUACCAAAGAAACAUUAGUUUCUACUGCAAAAUGAAGAAAAUUUGUAAAUACUGACUAAGAUAAAUAAAACUGAACAUCAUUUUUACCACCA